CUUCUAGACUUUUUAAACUGUCAAUUUGUAAUAAUAAUGCAAUAUUUUUUAUUUUAAUUUUAAAUUCUAAAUAGAAAUCAGCGUUAGUGGUUUGCUUAUCAUUAAUGGUAGUAUGCAAGUUGGUUUUGAUAAGAAAAUAAUUUUGUAAUAACAAUACACCGGACCAUAACCUAAAAUAUAAGUAAAUAAAAAGUGAAUAUACCAUUGUUAUGGCAUGCUAUUUGAAUGAAAAUGUGUACACACAUACUUUUACACCUAGGGAAUACCAAGUGGAGCUCUUGGACUCUGCAAAAAAGAAAAAUACAGUUGUUUGUUCAAGCACAAGCUCGUCCAAAGCCUUUAUUGUAGUAAAACUGCUACAAGAAUAUUCAUGGCAGAUGCGGCUUGACGCUGCCAAAGGCAAAAGAGCUCUCUUAAUUUUGGACAUGCAGAAUGUUGACAUAAUGGCCUGCCAUAUAAGAUUCCUAACUGAUUUAAAUGUAGUAAGUUUGAUGACAAAAACUGAUGACACUGAUUGGGAGGAUGUAUUUAAAAAGUAUCAUGUUAUUAUUACAACAGCAGAGUAUUGCGUUGAGUUUUUAAACGCUGAAAAUAAUUUAGACCUAAAUUUUUUUAAUUUGCUAGUCAUAGAUGAUUGUUUGUAUGGAAAGAGACAGGUUUUAGUUAAUUCGAUUAUGAAUAAAUAUUUAAAUGUGAAUAAAGGAGAUGUAAGAGUGUUGGGCUUGACAACCGGUCUAUUAGGCUGUGACUUACAACAUGACCGUCUCGAAGCUGAAUUGUAUAGAUUAGAAAAAUUGUUACAUUCCACAGUUGAUACCUCAAGUGAAAUAGUCACUCUAAUAAGACUAUCAUGCAGACCCAAAGAAACUAUAAUUGUAUGUCCAAAAACAAUGUCAUUGACUCUAUAUGAUUCAAUAAAGUUACUUGUGAUUAGAGCAAAGAAUUUUUUGAAUGAUCACCGUUAUGACCCCAGUGAAAUAUAUGGUGAUGAUUUGCUAGAUGACUAUGAUGAUGUUCCUGACCCUAAAGUACAACCAAUAGAGUUAUUAGAUAAUUUUUUAAGUAUACUUGACGAUUUAGGCCCUUGGUGCGCCGAUAAGGCAGCUUUCAGCAUUUUAUCAAAAAUAGAAAAGCUGAAAGUCAAAAUCCCAUAUGAACGGCAUUAUUUACUAUACUGUAUGACUUCCACCACUUUAAUAAAUGUCAGGGCAGCUUGUGAUUAUGAAUUUGAACAAAUUCCCGAAAUGGAUAAAAUUAAAUUGUACUCAUCACCUAAAGUAUUAAAAUUUUUGGAGGUUCUAAUGCAGUUUAAGCCUCCAGGAGAAAAACCGCCCGAAAAAUCUUUCGAGCAAGAAUCAAAUCUGGUGAAGACCAAAGGGAAGGGUUAUAAAGGCCCCAGGAGGCCUUACAUACCAAGAAAUUCAUCUGAAGAAAUAUUAUGUGCCCUUGUAUUUGUUAAUAAUAGAUAUACUGCCAAAGCUGUUUUUGCCUUGUUAUGUGCAUUAUCCCAGUGCGACAGCGAGCAUUACUGGUGGAUAUCGGCUCUAUUCGCUGUAGAAAAAGUGGCGGACCCCGUCAAUGAAAUUCGAGAAGCUGAACAAGAACAUAAAAUGCAAGAGGACGUUUUACGUAAAUUCCGUAGCCACGAAUGUAACAUUCUUGUAACAACCUCGCUUCUCGAACAAGGUUGCGAUUUGCCGAAGUGCAACUUGGUCAUACGUUUUGAUUUACCCAAAACCUUCCAUAGCUACAUACAAAGCAAAGCUAGAGCGAGAGCGAACGAUGCGCACUACAUUUUAUUCACGAAUGAGGAAGAAUUUAUGCCGUUUGUAAAUAAUUUGGCUGAGUACAACGAGGUGGAAAAUACUUUACUGAAAAGGUGCUCCAGUUUGGAGCCCAGUGUGGAAGAGGAGGUGUUAGCGGAGGCGUAUUCAAUCAAGUGUAAGCCAUAUCAGCCUUUAAAAGAGCAAGGCUCGCCUAAUGUUACCUUAACGAACGCCAUAGCUUUAAUUAAUAAAUAUUGUGCCAAACUGCCGAGCGACACCUUCACCCGACUGACGCCUUUAUGGCAAGAACACGAAAUAGAUGGCAAGUUUAUUUGUUCUCUAAGAUUGCCAAUAAAUUCACCUGUAAAGCAAACAGUCGUAAGUCCUCCCAGUGCGAAUGCUUUGCUAAGCAGAUCCUCAGCCGCAUUCAUGCUCUGCCAGCUAUUACACAAAGCAGGUGAAUUCGAUGACAACCUACAACCAAUCGGAAAGGAGAAUUUUAAAGCGAACGAAGAGGACUGGAACAAUUUUACCCUGGAUGAGCCGGAUGAUGAAACGUCGGAAAUAAGACCAGGCACUACGAAACGAAGACAAUAUUACUAUAAGCGAAUGGCGGAUGCGCUCCUAGACUGCCAUCCGUCCAUCAGCGAAAAAACCUAUUUUUACAGAAUCGUCAUGACGCUCACUUGUCCCUUGCCCGAAGAGCAAAAUACCAGGGGACGCAAAAUUUACCCUCCCGAGGAAUCGCCGCAAGGAUUCGGCAUUCUCACUUCAAAACCAAUACCAAAGAUAAGUGCAUUUCCAAUAUUUACAAGAAGUGGAGAAGUAAGCGUGGGCAUAGAGCUUUGUAAAGAUGAUUUAAUUUUAAGUGAAAAUCAAAUUUGCAAGAUCAGGGAAUUCGUUAACUACACUUUUACCAGUGUAUUACGACUCCAAAAGUAUUUAAUGCUGUUUGAUCCCAAUUCUUCCUCAAACAAUUAUUUGAUAGUACCAACCAAACAUGAAAACAAUAAUUUUGAUGUAGACUGGCCCUUCAUAGACCGUAUAUACGAAAAUUUGAACGUCCUCCCCGAGUUGAUUCCCGACGACAACAGAAGAAGCUACGAAUUCCGCAUAGAUGAUUAUAAAGACGCCGUAGUGAUGCCUUGGUACAGAAACCAGGAUCAGCCGCAAUACUUUUACGUAGCCCAAAUCUGCGGCAACCUUCAUCCAAAGUCGGCUUUCCCUGGUUCGGAAUACGCAACUUUUGAGGAGUAUUACAAAAGAAAGUACGGCUUGCAAAUACAAAACCAUCACCAACACCUUCUUGAUGUCGAUCACACGUCAGCAAGGCUUAAUUUUUUGACGCCGCGCUACGUGAAUAGAAAAGGUGUGGCCUUGCCAACGAGCAGUGAGGAAACUAAGAGGGCCAAGAGGGAGAAUUUGGAGCAAAAGCAGAUUUUAAUUCCGGAAUUGUGUGCCAUACAUCCGUUUCCGGCUUCCUUGUGGAGGAAAGCGGUGUGCCUUCCUUGCAUUUUGUACAGGAUAAACGCGUUGCUAUUGACUGAUCAGAUUAGAAGAACUGUAGCCCAAGAUUUGCAUUUGGGUGUGCUCGACUUAAAACCAGAUUUCAAAUGGCCAGCUCUGAAUUUCGGAUGGAGUCUAUCUGACGUCCUGCAAAAAUCUCGAGAGGAAGAACUGAAAAAGCUGGAAACCAAAGUGGUAAAACUAAACUUAGAUGAGUUGAUGAAGAGUGACGAAAUAAUCGAGGAGAUAAGCAGGCCUUGCGAUGAAAAACUCGACCAAGAUGAUGACGUGGAAGCCGACGAUAAUAAUCGCCAAAAGUGGAGCAUCGGGACGUGGUCAAACGAAAUGGCCACCAAUUCGGAUAGCGUUACUGAGAAUAGUUUGGUUAGAUAUGCGUCACCGACGAGUUGGCUUUCGAAUUAUGGUGACGAUGAUUUCAGUGAUUCCGAUGAGACGGAGUCGGAUGAAUCAGAAUCGCAAUUUGGUGGAUUGCGUAUUGAGUUUAAAGAUAAUGUGGCUGAGGCUUUGGACGAUGAAGAAUAUCCGGAUGAUAAUGAGUUUAAAUUGUACGAAGAACUACAAGCAUGGAAGGAUGAUGACGAAAGCGAAUACACUGAAGAUUUACGGAAACAAUUCCAAUUGGCGUGUGAGAGGAAUAAGCAGCAUAUUCUUAAAAGUGGAAUCGUCAUACCCGUCAACGAAACAUACAAGAAAGCCGUUGUAAAAAGAAAUUCAACGAGUAGACAAAUUAAUGUCAAUGUGGACGAAACAUUUUGUACGCUUUUAUAUGUUGAAUGCACCCGAGUAGCUGAAGUGUACAACGAUUAUACUCUGAAUUACAAGAAUACAUACGACAUAUCUGAACCAUUGAACUUCAGCUUCGAUUUUCAGCCUGACUUACAGGAGCACCCAGGACCAAGCCCAAACGUAUUACUACAAGCUCUAACAAUGUCAAACGCGAACGAUGGCAUCAAUUUGGAACGAUUGGAAACCAUUGGCGAUUCCUUUCUUAAAUACGCCAUCACCAACUACUUGUACGCUAAAUACGAACAUGUACAUGAAGGCAAACUAUCCCAUCUGCGUUCAAAACAAGUAAGCAAUUUGAAUUUAUACAGAUUGGGCAAAAGAAAGCAGCUGGGCGAUUUCAUGAUCGCCACCAAGUUCGAUCCGCACGAUAACUGGUUGCCGCCGUGCUUCUACGUGCCAAAGAAGCUGGAGGAGGCGUUGAUUGACGCGCAGUUUCCGGCCAAUUGUUGGACAAUGGCCGACAUGGCGGCGACAAGGGACAUGACGCUGGACGAAAUUUGCAGUAUGGUCAGGAAAAAAGGGGAGGCCUACCCGAUUAUAAGCAGUAUUAUACCGUAUAACUUGGUGACGCAGCAUAGCAUACCCGAUAAAAGUAUUGCCGAUUGCGUUGAGGCGCUGAUCGGUGCGUAUUUGAUUGAAUGCGGACCCAGGGGAGCGCAUUUGUUUAUGGCAUGGCUGGGUAUUAGAGUAUUGCCGCAGAAUAGUGAUGGAACCUACGGGGAAGUACUUAUACCGCAUUCGCCCCUAAGGCGCUUCGUUGAUAAUCCUGAAGGACAACUCGAUCGACUUCUGGAUGGCUAUGAAGUUUUCGAGAAACAUAUCGGCUAUAAAUUUAGAGAUAGAUCGUAUUUACUGCAAGCCCUCACGCACGCCUCGUAUUCUCCCAAUCAAUUAACUGAUUGUUACCAACGAUUGGAGUUUCUUGGUGAUGCUGUGUUGGAUUAUUUGAUAACAAGGCAUUUAUAUGAGGAUAGGAGAAUGCAUUCUCCUGGUGCGCUAACGGAUCUUCGCUCAGCCCUCGUGAACAAUACGAUUUUUGCCUCAUUGGCAGUACGCAAUGGCUUCCAUAAGUACUUUAAACACUUAUCUCCAGGUUUAAACGAAGUCAUAGAGAAAUUCAUACGCCUUCAGGAAGAAAGUGGCCAUGCUCUCUUCGACGAAUUAUAUUUAGUAGUCGAAAGUGAAUGCGAGGAGGUCGAAGAUGUUGAAGUACCGAAAGCACUGGGUGACGUUUUUGAGUCCGUAGCCGGAGCAAUAUUCCUCGACUCCGGCAUGUCUUUAGACGCGGUCUGGAAAGUUUACUACCAAAUGAUGAAAAACGAAAUAGAACAAUUCAGCAAUAAAGUACCAAAGUCGCCUAUCAGGGAACUACUAGAAUUAGAACCGGAGACCGCGAAAUUCGGUAAACCGGAAAAAUUGGCCGACGGCCGAAGAGUCAGAGUGACCGUCGAGAUUUUCGGAGUCGGAGUGUUCAAAGGUAUCGGCCGAAAUUACAGGAUUGCCAAAUGUACGGCGGCCAAAUGCGCUUUGAAGCAUUUAAAACGUCGCGGUUUAAUCAAAAGGAAAGAAAAUUAAAUGAAUAAAGUUGUUUUGUGCAAUGAAAAUAAUCGUACCCAUGAUAAUAAUUGUUAGAUAAGAUACACAGCGCACUCAUGUCUAAUUAAAUUUUAGUAAUUAAAUUUUGUCUGAUAAUGAUCUCAUUUAACGCAUUCAACUAUUUUCUAGUCUUUAGUAUUUACAUUUAAAUUCCACAAGUGUAAGAUUGUCGCUGCAAGGCGCAUGGGCAAUUAUUAUUACGCAUGCGCCGUGCGAUUGGAAUUGUAUGGUUUAAAUUUUUGACUGAAUACUAGAAUAAGAUAUAAUUUGUGCAAAAACGCAACACCCGUUGAUAGUAAAUAUAGUUCAAAUCAAUAAAUAGGUGUGUUGCUUUUUUGGCAUGUAAGCCCAAUCAAUGUAGCCUGGUUUGUAAAUGUCGCCCUAUGUGCCACAAAACGUUUGGUAAAUAAUACUUGCAAUAAUACAACAACAAAAUUCUAAAUCGAAAUUUGUCAUGGAUGUUAAUAAUUUAAGACCUGAUGCAAGGAUGUAUUGGGACAGGAUGUUCGAAUUCCUAUGCUUGGCCAUGUAAAAAUACGUGCCGUAUAUUCUUCGAGUUGAGGGCGUGGCUUAAGCACACUCGAUUUUUGACUGACCAAUCACAACUCGUUUAAUUUUAUCUUUGUGCUAAAAGAUUAUGUCACGAGAAGCUCCGCCCAGAACCGGGAGAAUAUACGGCACGCUUUUUAAACGGAGUUGACUAUCCUGUCACAUGUAGGUAUACUUGACCUGAUGUAUGUAACACUGUGAUGUUGUAAAUGUGUAGUGAAUUUUAUUUAAAAAAAUACUAUUGCAUACUAAAUUUGACUAAAAUGUGAUAUUGUUAUUAAUAUGUGAUACAAUCACUAUACUUUUUUUAAAACUGUUUCUUUGGUACCAUAUUUUUAUUUUGCAUUAUUACUUUAAUAAAUAUAC